AUGUGUGAUCCUGUUUUGAACGAGGACAAAAUCAGUGAGUUACCUGAAGCUUUGCUUCUGCAGAUAUUAUCUUUACUUGAAACGAAAGAUGUCGUAGCCACAAGUGUUCUGUCUAAAGGAUGGCGGUUUCUUUGGAAGAUGGUGCCGAGUCUCAAGUUUACUUGUCCACACGAAGGCGUCGUCGAGAGAUUUUCAGAUUAUGUCUGCAAGACUUUGCUUUCACAACAGGCUCCGGUUCUACAGAGCUUGCGUCUCGAAGUUUGUUGUGGUUAUAAAGGCUCUAGUAUGGAUAUUGGAGUACCGAUUGGAAUUGCAUUUGGCAUCCAUGUGCGUGAGUUUGUACUCGAGGUUAGAUCUCUCCAAGGGUUGUUCAGUUUUCCUAGAGGCUUAUAUAACUGUGAAACACUAGAGACGUUGAAACUCAGAGGCAACAUUCUUGUAAACGUCCCAUCUCCGGCUUGCUUGAAGUCUCUUAGAACUCUACACCUUGAAAGGGUGAUAUACAAAGACCACAAAUCAGUUGUCAACCUUUUCAAAGGAUGUUCUCGUCUUGAAAACUUGUUGGUCACGGGAUCAUCUGGGGAUGUGAAGACUUUCCCUGUUGAUGUCCCGUCCUUGCAGAGACUAUCAAUUGAGAGCGUUGGUGUUAAGCUUCAUGUGAAGGCUCCUUGUUUGAAAUACUUGAGGAUUAGAGGGUAUAUAGAUUCUGAACAUAUUCGGAUUGGAAAUACACCUGAGCUGGAGGAGGCAUAUAUUGACAUCUCUGGUACAAUCUAUGAGCACACUAUUAGAUCCUUCACUUCAGCGAAACGCCUUUUCUUGAGAUCAUAUAAGUCGAUUACAGAUCCUACUGCUAGUAGCAUCUUCUAUCGGCUCGUAUACUGGGAGCUAGAUAUAGAUCAACCAGAGUGGUGGAAUCUACUUAUUCCCAUGCUAAAUGGUUCUUCUAAUUUGCAAGACCUCAAGCUCGUUGGUCCUUGCUAUGAAGAAGAAGAAGAAGAUGCUGUGGCCUAUAAGAAGAAAUGGAGUCAACCAAAGGAUGUUCCUGAACGUUUGUUGCCCCAGCUCAAGACAUUAGUGUGGAGUUAUUACAAAGGCCAACAAGAAGAGGAGAAGGAGGUGGUGAAAUACAUUUUCAGGAAUGCGUGUUUUUUGAAAAAGGCAACUUUUACAAACCUGUUGGGAAGUGUUGAAGAGUUGGAAAGUGUGGCCAAGGCUUCCCAUUCGUGCCAGCUUGUCAGCAAAAUCGGUGGUGAAAGUUUGAGAAACAGAGGUGCUUUGAAUGAGGACAUGAUCAGUCAGCUACCUGAAGCUUUGCUUCUAAAGAUAUUGUCUUUAGUUCCAACAGAAGAGGUCGUAGCCACUGGUGUUUUGUCUAAACGAUGGCGGUCUCUUUGGAAGACUUUGCCGAGUCUCAAGUUUACUUGUCCAAACGACGCUCUCGACGAGUUUUCAUAUGAUGUUUGCAAGAUUUUGCUUUCACAUCAGGCUCCGGUUCUACAGAGGUUGCAUCUCGAAAUAUUUUCUGUUGACGGUUCUAGUUCGGAUAUUGACAUAUUGAUUGGAGUUGCAUUUGGACUCCAUGUGCGUGAGUUUGUACUCGACGUUGAGUAUUUCAAAGAGUCGUCCUUCACAUUUCCUAGAAGCAUGUAUAACUGCCAAACACUAGAGACCUUGAAACUCUCUGGUUCUAUCUUGAUAGAUGUCCCUUUUCCGGUUUGUCUCAAGUCUCUUAAAACUCUAACCCUUGACAGGGUGGAUUACAAAGACGAUGAAUCAGUUGUUAACCUUUUGUCUGGCUGUUCUCGUCUUGAGAACCUGGAGGUUAUGCAAUAUUAUUCAGUUUUGGGUGUGAAGACUUUCACUAUUGAUGUGCCGUCCUUGCGGAGACUAUCGAUUCUUGUUGAAUGUCGUGUUGGUGAGGUCUAUGUGAUAAAGGCACCUUCAUUGAAAUACUUGAGCGUUGAAGGGUCUAUAUAUUAUGAGUCUUUACUCAUUGGGAGUACACCUGAGCUGGAGGAGGGAAAUAUUUGCAUGUAUGGUGUAAUGCCUGAGUACAUUCCAAGAUCCCUCACUUCAGUCAAACGCCUUUUCUUGAGCUCAUCCGGUAAGCUUUGCUUGCAAUACAAUGGUUCCCCUAAAUUACAAGUCCUCAAGCUCACCGGUAUUACUAUCGAAGCAGUUGGUGUGGCCUAUGAGAAAUGGGAGCAACCAAAGAAUGUUCCCGAAUGUUUGUUGCUCCACCUCCAGACAUUAGUGUGGACGUUUCGCGAAGGCCAACUAAAAGAGGAUAAAGAAGUGGUGAAAUACAUCAUAAGGAAUGCGAAUCAUUUGACAAAUGCAACUUUUACUUACUUCGGACGAGGUUUUGAUUCAGAAAAGAGACAUGCGCUGUUGGAGGAGUUGGAAAAUGUGGUCAAGGCUUCAUCAAAUUCAUGCCGGCUUGUCUUCAAAUGA